AUGGAGUUUCUUACCCUCGUCGGCGCUGAGGCGUACACGCCCAAGCAGGCCGAAGAGCUCAAGACUCGCAUCAACAAGCACGCCAAUGUCGCUAACAAGGUCGCCCACGUCGCCGGCAUCUGGAUGUACUACGUCCACCUCAAGAACAGCGACAACAACCUCAUUGUUCAGCAGAAGCUGACCAAGUGGCUCGGUCUUCCUGACCAGACCACCGCCCAGAUCGCUGCCAACACUGAGUCGUCAAAGACUUACUAUGUUAUCCCGCGGAACAUCUCCCCCUGGUCCUCCAAGGGUACCAGCAUCACUCAUGUGUGCGGUCUCGCAGACCACAUUGAUCGCAUCGAGCGCGGCAGAGCCAUCACAAUCACCUUUGAGCAGCCCGUCUCCGAGGACGACAUCGCCUUCAAGGAUGUCGUCUACGACCGCAUGACUGAGACCAUUGGCCUGUCUCGUCCCGACCUUUCCGCCAUGUUCAUCGAGGGCCAGAGAUAUCCCCUGGAAGUCGUCGAUAUCUUUGGCGGCGAUGCUGACCCCGUCGACACCCUCAAGGCUUAUAACAAGCAGUUCGGCCUGGCCAUGGACGAGUCCGAGAUUGAGUACCUCGUCGAGGUCUUUAAGCGUCUUGGCCGCAAUCCCCACGAUGUGGAGCUCUUCAUGUUUGCCCAGGUCAACUCGGAGCACUGCCGCCACAAGCAGUUCAACGCCAACUGGACCAUUGACCAGGUCCAGAUGGGAGAGUCCCUCUUCGGCAUGAUUAGAAACACUCACAAGUCCAACCCCAAGUACACCGUCUCCGCCUACAGCGACAACGCUGCGGUCCUUGAGGGCGAGACCGCCAGCUUCUGGGCCCCUGACUACUCCACCGGAAGCUGGAAGCUCACCAAGGAGGUGGUGCACGUUCUGGUCAAGGUCGAGACUCACAACCAUCCUACCGCCAUCUCUCCUUUCCCUGGUGCUGCCACUGGUGCCGGAGGUGAGAUUCGUGACGAGGGAGCCGUUGGUCGCGGUUCUGCCCCCAAGGCUGGCCUCUGCGGUUUCUGGGUCUCUGACCUGUUGAUCCCUGACGAGAACGCCCCUUGGGAGGUUGACCUCGGCAAGCCCGCCCACUUCGCCAGCAGUCUCGACAUCAUGCUCGAGGCCCCUAUCGGCAGCGCCCGCUUCAACAACGAGUUCGGAAGACCCUGCCUGCUUGGUUGCUUCCGCACUCUCCUUACCAACGUCGGCAAGGAGGACUCUCCCGAGUGGCGUGGCUACCACAAGCCCAUCAUGAUCGCCGGAGGUGUCGGAACUGUCCGUCCUCAGCACGCUCUCAAGGAGCUCGGCGACGUUCACGAUGGUGCCCACGCCAUUGUUCUCGGUGGCCCCGCCAUGCUCAUUGGUCUCGGUGGAGGUGCCGCCUCAUCAAGCGCCUCCAACGAGGAUACCGCCGAGCUGGACUUCGCCAGUGUCCAGCGUGGCAACCCCGAGAUGGAACGACGUGCCCAGAUGGUCAUCGACACCUGCGCCGCCCUUGGCGAGCAAAACCCUAUUGCCAUGAUCCACGACGUCGGUGCUGGUGGUCUGUCCAACGCCCUCCCCGAGCUGGUCAAGGACGCCGGCUUCGGCGGCAAGUUCGAGCUUCGCCAGGUUCACAGCGCCGACAGCAGCAUGAGCCCUCUUCAAAUUUGGUGUAACGAGGCUCAGGAGCGUUACGUUCUUCUCGUCAACAAGGAGAACAUUAACCGCUUCGUCAGCAUUUGCCGUCGUGAGCGCUGCCCCUUUUCCGACGUUGGAACCGUCGUCGCCAAGGACGCCGAGGGCAACGCGAAGCUUACUCUCAGCGACCGUGACUCCCCUGAGAACCCCAUGCCCAUCGACCUUCCCUUCAACGCUCUCUUCCCCCCUGGACGUCGCCUCGAGCGUGUUGUCGAGUCUCGCAGACUCGACUUGCCCACCUUCGACGCCGUCUCUGCCCUUACGGCAGCCAUCAGCGGCACGGUCAAUGACGCCGCCCUCAUCACCACCGCCACUGAGCGCGUCUUCCGCAUGCCCGCAGUCGGCUCCAAGUCCUUCCUCAUCACCAUCGGUGACAGGACAGUCGGCGGUCUCUCCGUCCGUGACCAGAUGGUCGGCCCCUGGCAGACACCGGUCGCUGACUGCGCCGUCACCGCCACCUCCUUCCAGCUGGGUUCCAACACCCGCACUGGUGAGGUCAUGGCCAUGGGAGAGAAGCCCCAGCUGGCUCUCAUCUCCCCUGCCGCGUCUGCUCGCAUGGCUGUCGCGGAGAGCUUGCUCAACCUCGGCGCCGCCGACAUCCUCGGCACCCUGGACCGCGUGAAGCUCUCUGCCAACUGGAUGGCCGCCGUCAACCACCCCGGCGAGGGUGCCGGUCUCUACGAGGCCGUCAAGGCCAUCGGCAUGGAGCUCUGCCCCCAGCUCAAGAUCUCCAUCCCCGUCGGCAAGGACUCCACUUCCAUGAAGGCGUCCUGGAAGGACCGCGAGUCCGGCGAGGCCAAGAGCGUGACUGCUCCCAUGUCCGUUAUCAUCACAGCCGUCACUGUCGUUGAGGACGUCCGCAACACCUGGACGCCCCAGCUCCGUCGCGUUGAGGACGUCGGCGAGACGAUCCUCCUGUACGUCGAUCUCGCCGAGGGCAAGAAGGCGAUGGGCGGCUCCGCCCUGGCGCAGUCACUUGGACAGCUUGGAAACGAGUCACCGGACGUUCGCAACGUGGAUCUUAUUACAGACUACUUUGACGCUCUCCAGCAGCUCCACAAGAGCGGCGUCGUCCUGGCCUACCACGACGUCUCCGAUGGUGGUCUCAUGACCACCAUCGCCGAGAUGAUGUUCGCCGGCCGCUGUGGCGUCGACGUCAUGCUCGACGGCAUCUCCAAGUCCGGCUCCGCCUCCGACAUCCUCGCCUCUCUCUUCCAUGAGGAGCUCGGCGCCGUCUUCCAGGUCCGCAAGGAGGACGAGAUCAACUUCAAGCGCUGCUUCGCCACCUGCGGUCCUCCCCCCGGCCUUAUCCGCAAGUUCGGUGUCGUCAAGCGCAAGUCGGACCAGUCGCUCACGAUUCGUUACGGAGGAGUCGCGCCUAUCGUCAGCUUGGACCGCGCCCAGAUGCAGCAGUGGUGGUCGAGGACGUCGUAUGCCAUGCAGAGGGAGAGAGACAACCCAGCGUGCGCAGACAGCGAGUACGCCACCGUCUCCGACUCGGCCGACCCGGGCCUGUCGUACAACCUCACCUUCGACCCCAAGGAGAACAUCAUGCCCCUGACGGCCACCCUCGGCAGCCUCGUCCGCAAGGCGCCCCGCGUCGCCAUCCUCCGCGAGGUCGGCGUCAACAGCCACAAGGAGAUGGCCUUCGCCUUCAAGGCGGCGGGCUUUGACCCCAUCGACGUGCACAUGUCGGACGUCCUCGCGGGCCGCUCGCUGGCGGACUUCGUCGGUGUCGCGGCAGGCGGCGGCUUCUCGUACGGCGACGUCUUCGGCGCCGGCGUGGGCUGGGCGCAGUCUAUCCUCGAGCACAAGCACGCCCGCCAGGAGUUUGAGAACUUCUUCAGGCGCCCCGACACCUUCGCCCUCGGCGUCUGCAACGGCUGCCAGAUGAUCACCCGCCUCAAGGAGCUCAUCCCAGGCACCGAGAACUGGCCCACGUUCGUCGAGAACGCCAGCAGGCAGUUCGAGGCGCGCUUCGCCAUGGUCAAGGUCGACGAGUCCCGCGCCGCGAACCCCUCCGUCUUCCUCCACGGCAUGGACGGCUCCUCCUUCCCCAUCGCCGUGUCCCACGGCGAGGGCCGCGCCUCCUUCUCCUCCCCCAACGCCCUCGAGGACCUGGGCGCCGACGGCCUCGCGCCCCUCAGGUACGUCGACAACCGCCUCAACGUCGCGGGCGCGGAAAGCUACCCGUAUAACCCGAACGGCAGCCCUGGCGGCGUGGCUGGCGUCAGGAGCAGGGACGGCAGGGUCUUCGCCCUCAUGCCCCAUCCCGAGCGGACCAUCAUGGCGGACGUCGGCAGCUACGUUCCCCCGGAGCAGGUCGAGGCCUGGGGCGAAUUCGGUCCGUGGAUCAGGAUGUUCAAGAGCGCCAGACGCUGGGUGGGCUGA